AUGGGCAAUCUAGGUGACUUGUCGCCGGAGGGAAGUGUUGCGGUUGGUGUAAUCGUCGGACUGAUCUCAACCAGUCUCCAAGCUAUCGGCCUCACACUCCAGCGCAAGUCGCAUUUACUCGAGGAGGAGAAGCACCCCUACGAUGUGCGCAGACCCCCCUACAAGCGCCGUCGAUGGCAAGUAGGGAUGGGGAUGUUUGUGAUUUCCAAUAUUGUUGGAAGUACUAUCCAAAUUACUACACUUCCACUACCAGUUCUCUCGACACUCCAAGCGUCCGGACUAGUGUUCAAUACUAUAUUUGCAACCCUCAUUCUCGGCGAACCAUUUACCCGAUAUUCUCUCGCAGGCACCGUGCUCGUCUGCAUCGGCGCAUUGCUGAUUGGCACCUUUGGAGCCAUCGGGGAACCCGCUCAUACGUUAGAUCAGCUCUUGUACCUCCUCCAGCGACGGCCGUUUCUUCUAUGGAUGGGUGCCACUACCCUGUUGGUUGUUGUGGUACUUGUAGGCGUGAAACUACUGAAACCCUUCGUGUCAUCAUCACGCGGGAAAUCCUCAGCCUCCGCUCAUUUUUCGCCGCACCUGCUGCGACUACAAAGCCGAAUGAGGUUGAUCCGCGGCAUGAGUUAUGGAUUUGUCAGUGGUAUACUUUCAGCGCACUCCCUUUUGCUGGCAAAGUCAGCAGUGGAGCUUCUCGUGCGCACUAUUGUAGACGGUGUGAACCAGUUCAAUCGUUGGCAAUCAUGGGUUAUACUGCUAGGGAUGAUCUUCCUAGCGCUCACACAGCUGUUCUUUCUCCAUCGUGGGCUCAAAUUGUGUAGUACUAGUGUACUAUACCCUUUUGUGUUCUGCAUCUACAACAUCAUCGCCAUCAUGGAUGGCCUGAUCUACUUCCGACAAGUUUCUCAACUGGCGGGCUUGCAUGCCGGUCUCAUUGCCCUAGGAACAAUGAUUCUUCUGGGUGGUGUCUUGUGCCUUUCAUGGCGACUUGAGGAUAUCGAUAGCCAUGCUGCUGUCACCACCGUGGGUCCCACGCAGACAGGACUUGGGCCAGGCAUGGCACUCGUGGAAGAACACUCUCCAACAUCACCUGGGUUGCUGGACGGCCAGGAUGAGGAAUCACAGAUUGGAGAACGCGAGCCACUUCUCAACCCGAAGACCCAUACUCGACAUCUUUCAUACCAGCGUGGACGAGCUCCAAGCCUACCGCUCAAUCUAAAUUUUGAUCGCGACUCGGUCGAUCUAAACGCCGCAUCUAUUUGGGCUGAACUCGAUGAUUCGGACUAUGAAUAUACUGAUAGACACACUCGAUCCUCAACAGAUCACCGACGCAGCAUCAGUGGCAGCACAACCCUAAAAGGCCCAUUCCGAGGUCUGACACGAAAUUCGACGGUUGGCGCUACCCCACACGAUCACGAAAGCGGAUCUCGCAGAUCCCAGGGAUUCCUUCGUCGGAACCAAUGGCGGCGCACCUCAGCACCUCAGAGUGGCUUAUUGGCCGCCCAUCGUAAACGUCGGGGAACCGGAGGUCUAUUUACGCCUGACCAAGAGGUCGGUGGGUACGGGACCAUCCAAGAGAAUAGCGAUGAUACCCACUGGCAUAACGAUGCCCCUCUCCGUUCAUCUGACGCCAGACCUGGCCUCUUCGUUGGGCCAAAGAGGGCUAUAGCAGGUGCCUGGAAGUUCGGGAGACAAUAUCUGUCUCGAUGGAGCAGCCCGCAGGCGGGCAGUCAGACCGAGAUAGACCCAGAAGAUGACUCUUCCUCAUCCCUACUCCCGCACUCUGCUGUCCCUCUUCCACAGGCACGUCAUACGCAGAGAACUCCAGUUCAGGAAUCUGACUCUCUUCAGCCACCACCAUCCUCAUGA